AACGGAACAAAUCAUCGUCCUCGUCUCCACCGGAACUCCUUCACGUCGCCAUGGGUCGCCGAGCGCCCAACAUCGCGUUGCUGGGAGCCUUCGCUGGCUUCGCCUGCACGGCGUUUCUGGUGGUCCGGCCAAGCCCAAGCCGUCUUCCACGUGCAGCAGGGCCGACCUUGGAAACAGCCAGAUCCACCUUCGACCAGCUCUUUGAGGAAGACCAACGACCCAUUGUCCUGUAUGAUGGUGUAUGCAACAUGUGCAACACUGCAGUUGACGUUGCGUUGCAGAAGGACCCUGAUGGCCGAAGGUUGCGAUUCUCUGCUCUUCAAUCCAAUGUUGGGCAAGAUCUCUUGGUCUUUUGCGGUAAAGAGGCUCAGGACUUGAGCUCAAUGUUGGUGGUGAAGCCUGAUGGAGAGUGCCUUGUAAAGUCCGAUGCUGUGGUCUUCGUUGGGCAGCAGCUUGAAGGAAGCAAGGUCUUGCAGGGAUUGAGCAAGGUAGCCGAAUCACUGCUGCCAAAGCCAGUGCGAGAUGGGGCAUACAAGGUCAUUGCGAAGGCCAUGGCUAUUAGGCUGGAGUCCAGCGGCUGGAGAACCGCUACAACGUCUUGGGGCGGAGGAGCGAGCUUCGUUUGGGGCAGGACGGUAUGGAAGGCCGCUUUGUCCAAAAGGAGCCCAAAGUUGCACCUGCUAGCAGCGCUUCCCCAUAGUGAUCAGUGAUAUACAGAUAAGUUUAAUGGUGCCAGGCAUAGCAGCAAAACAAAACUUGUAUGCUCCAGCAGGUUGUGUUUCACUGAUUCAAGAUUGAAAUAUGUAAGCUGAGAGCUUCAAGGGAUUGCUUUCUUCAGUUCGAACUUUAAUUUGGGUGGAAUUUUCGAGUGAGGAUUCUUCCACUCUUUCACAUGCCACUCAAGCUUCGCCCACUGUCCAUAGUCUGGCAGUGCCAUUGUCCCAUUGUCACUGCAUGCCGCGAACAGAUGGGAUGGGUACAAAGCUGACUCAAGUCACUUCAUAGCCAAGAAGAUUUUCGGGCGAGCGCAUUUUCGUCAGCAACAGCUUGCUACUGUACGCAUCAGAGAAGAUUGGUUGAAACAAAUGAUUUGAGAUGUUUUGAGGUAUAUCAUGCCAGAAGUUGGUGACUUGAUCUCGGUUGAUAUAGAAGUUUCUUGAGUAACCUCGCAUUUCAUCUCAAGCAAAGACAGAAGGACAAAUGAAGCUCAAGCGUUGCUAUUGAGCAAUUAGAAUAUAUAACCUAUGUGUGACCUGACAGAUCAGUUCAAACCACUCUGAGAGUAUGAAUCAGAGUACAGAUCAAUGGGCAUGAUUUGGCCAUGUAUUGUUGCCUUUUGUAGGAGUACUUCAUUUACAGUAGUUUUUUCUCCCAAUGAUCGUCUUGAGCAAUAUUUACUAUAUACGCUUUUCCAGAAGAGAUCGAAUCCAGUGUCUUUGCCCAAGCACAAACCCUCCAGAAGCUUCGAAGCUCAUUUUCCCAACACACCUGAAUUCUGACUCGUUCGCUCAAGUUCACCCUCUUGUGACUAGACAUAAAUGCGAACAAUGUGCGGUGCCAUGUAGGCACUCCAAUCGACGAGGUGACAUAACGCUGACCAGUAAUUUGUUUUAAGCACAAUUGCAUUGUGAUACAUAGAGGCUGUUUCAAUUCUCUGACUAUGGUGGAUAUGAUUAAUGAGUCGCUUUCGUUGGGACUGGUAUCCGGACCUGGCAGACAGCAAUUCACGAGAAUCCGCAUUGAACCAAUCUUCAUGAUCCUUUUGAAUCCUUUUUGUUAGUAGCGAUGGCCUCCAACCUAAUAGCGAUGGCCUCCACCUACUAGCUUCUAGCUACUACGCUUUGAAAUUGUCAGGUGUUGUGACGAUCAAAGAUUCUCCUCAUUUUGUGACACGCAGUUUGCAACCUUCCUGCCCUGACUUGUGCAGUGCUUGACCUUGUCGGAGGAGGCUCUUGAGGUGUGGUGCUGUCAGGUCUAGUGUGGCCGUUUGGAUUGUGGGAGACGCGAACAUGCGCAGCAGUCUUCUUAAUUGCUCAAGACAAGUUUCACCAGCUGAAAUUGUACAGUGUUGCAGAGCUGAUUGUCUGGUGAGGGGUACGAAACCAGCCAGCAACAGCCUGUUAUAGGUCAAAAA